AUGCACGCCGCGCCAGGUGCGACGGGCGCUGGCGCCACGCGCUGCUUCCACGUAGGCGUGCGCGCUUGGGCCAAGCAGGCGCCGCGCCCGUACCAGGCGACGCUGCGGCUGCCUCAGACGGCGUUCCAGCUUCGCGCCUCGGCCAAGGACCGCGAGCGCCUGUUCCGCCCCGCGACGACGGAACGGCUGUACCUGUGGCAACGCGAGCACCUUGCACGCCAGGGCGUGCGCGACUUUGUGCUACACGACGGGCCACCGUACGCAAAUGGGCGUCUACAUAUGGGUCAUGCGCUAAACAAGAUCCUCAAAGACGUGCUUGUGCGCUUCCACGUCCUCCAAGGUCGCCGCGUCCACUUUAUGCCUGGAUGGGACUGCCAUGGACUGCCCAUCGAGAUCAAGGCCGUAGCAGAGGCUGCUGACGCAGGACAGACUCAUCUGUCGCCGACCGAGAUCCGUCGCGCCGCGCGCGCCGUCGCUCUGCGCGAGGUGCAGAUACAGCGCGCCGAGUUCCAGGAACUCGGUCUCCUUGCCAGCUGGGCCGACGAGCACACGUACCGUACCCUCUCGUUUGCGUACGAGCGCGAGCAGCUGCGCGUAUUCGCGCGUGCCGUUGAGCGCGGGCUUAUCUACGAGCGCUUCCGCCCCGUCUACUGGUCGCCCUCGACGCAGACGGCGCUGGCGGAGGCCGAGAUUGAGUACGACGAACGGCACAUGAGCCGCAGCGCCUAUGUGCGCCUGCGCCUCAUUCCCUCUAGGACGCUAGCCGCCCACCUGCGUGAUAUACCCGCAGUCGACUUGCUCGUGUGGACAACGACGCCGUGGUCGCUCCUGGGCAACAUGGCUGUGGCGGUGCAGGCCGAGGCGUCGUACUCGGUCGUGCGCACAGCCGACGGCGAGCAUGUCCUCGUGGCCACCGAGCUGAUCCCCGCCCUGGAACGCGUCGUGCGCACGCGUGACGGCACGCCCGUCGCUCCGAUUGGCGCUCUGACCGAGCUCGUGCGAGUACCAGGCUCGGCAUUGGUCGGCGCUCACUACACGAGCCCGCUAAUGGCACCUGGCGAGCAGCGUGAGAUUUUGCACGGGGCGUUUGUCACGACGGCGUCGGGAACAGGCCUCGUGCACAUGGCGCCUGCGCAUGGCCAGGAAGACUAUGCGCUGUGGCGCGAUACGGGCCGUCUUGCAAUGCACGGCAUCACCUCGCCGGUGGACGCACAAGGGCGCCUGCUCGUCGAUCCCGCAUGGGGUGCCACGGGUGCUGUUCGCGCGGACCUAGCGCGCCUGCACGAGCAGCCUGCACUCACGCAAGGCACAGACACGAUGCUCGCACUUCUCGAGCGGCACGGCGCGCUGUUGGCCGAGCACAAGUACGAACACAGCUAUCCCAUCGACUGGCGUACCAAGCAGCCGAUCCUCACGCGCGCCACAGCGCAGUGGUUUGCCGACCUGCGGCAGACGCUCGGCGAUACCCAAGCAGCGCUGCAGGCCGUGCAGUUUGUACCGCCGGCCGGUGCACAGCGGCUGCACAGCCUCGUGGCGCGCCGCUCGGAGUGGUGCAUUAGCCGGCAGCGCGCGUGGGGCGUGCCAAUCCCCGUGGUGUACGAUGCAGCGACGCACGAGCCGCUGAUUACCGCGCGCAACGUCGAGCACAUUGUCAGCGUGAUGGACGAGUCCGGCUCAGCGGACGUAUGGUGGGAGCGAGACGCCGCGGCGUUUGUUGCGCCUGAGUACCGUGCGCCGGGACGCACAUGGUACAAGAAAGGGGACACGCUCGACGUGUGGUUCGACAGCGGCUCGUCGUGGGCCGUGCUGCAAGCAGCGCUUGGCGAGCCGUGGUGUGCACCGCAUGCAUGCGCGGACGUGUAUCUGGAAGGCUCGGACCAGCACCGCGGGUGGUUCCAGUCAUCGCUGCUCACACGCGCGGCUGCGUGUGGUCCAGGCGUGGUAGCGCCCUAUGCUGCGCUCGUGACCCACGGCUUUGUCGUUGACGAGGCCGGCCGCAAAAUGUCCAAGUCCCUGGGCAAUGUCAUUGCGCCGAGCGCCUUCCUCCAGGGCGAUCCCGCGGCGCCCAAAGAGUUUCCAGCGCUAGGUGCGGAUGUGCUGCGCUGGUGGGCCGCCAAGGCCGACUAUACACGCGACAUGCCCGUCAGUGCGCUGAUUAUGAAGCAUGUGAGCGACGAGGUGCGCAAGCUGCGUACAACCAUGCGCUUUCUCCUCGCGAAUCUUUCGGACACGCCUCCGCCGGCGAUGGAGCGGUACACGAUGCACGAGCUGCACCGCCUCGAACGAACGUGCCGCGCGGCGUAUGCCUCGUUCGAUUUGGCACUGGUCACUCGCUCGCUGCUCGAGUGCGCGACCAAGACGCUCUCGUCGCUUUACCUCGCCGUUUCGAAGGAUACACUGUAUGCGGGCUCGAACGCCGAUCGUCAGCCAGUGCUCUACGUGCUCGACCAGGCCCUCCAGACGCUCACCAGUGUGCUGGCGCCGAUCCUUCCCCAUCUCGCGGAGGAGAUAACGUGGUACCGCGGAGGCGCCGCCGCGGAUCCUACGCCUGCCGAGCAGGCCACCAUGCCGUCUAUGUUCCAGCAUGGCUGGCACGCUGUGGACGACGCAUGGCGCGAUCCUGCGCUCGAGCAUGACAUGCAGGAUGUGCUGCGUGUGCGCUCGGACGUAUUUGCGCUCAUGACACAAUGCAUCGAACAAAAGCACAUCCGCAGCGCCGCCGAAACGGACGUCGACGUUUGGGUCGACCCAGCGCAUGCACUGUAUGCGCGCCUGACCGAUCCGACCCUGCUCCCCCCUGGUGCACUGGCCGCGCUCUUGGGCGUGGCGCACGUGCACGUUCAUCCCACAGCCACAGCGGUGCCGCUGCCGGCCGGUGCAUGGGCGCAGGAGCGCGCCGUUGCUGGCCUGCCCGUGCGUGUGCGUAUGCGCGCAUGCACGACGCACAAGUGCCCGCGGUGCUGGCAGUUCCACAGCACACAGGCCGACACGCUGUGCACGCGGUGCACGUCGGUUCUUACGCCGUAG